GCCCAUCGUCUACUGUAUCUGAAACUACCAAAGACUUCCAUUAAGCUUGUUUUGUAGUUUUUUUUUCUGCCACUUUCUCCUUAAUUACUCAGUUUGAGACCUGCGAAGCCAAAAACCAGUACUUUUUUCCCUCUACGUACCAAAGAUGGAUGCCUUCAAUUUCAACCAUGAAUUCAUGAUGAAACACUCGUCUUCCUAUGACACAAAUAAUCCACUAGACCCUGAGGAGUUCAGGCGUCAAGGCCACAUGAUCAUAGAUUUUCUAGCUGAUUAUUAUUUGAAUAUCGAGAAAUAUCCUGUCCUUAGCCAAGUCGAACCAGGUUAUCUCCGAAAACGCCUGCCAGAAUCUACCCCAUAUAAUCCUGAAUCCAUUGAAACCAUUCUCCAAGACGUGCAGGACCAUAUACUUCCCGGUGUAACUCAUUGGCAAAGCCCUAGCUAUUUUGCUUACUUCCCAUCCAGCGGAAGCAUAGCAGGGUUUCUUGGCGAGAUGCUUUCCACUGGAUUCAAUGUGGUUGGCUUCAACUGGAUUUCGUCACCAGCUGCGACUGAGCUAGAGUCAAUAGUCAUGGAUUGGCUCGGAGAGAUGCUUCAGCUGCCCAAGUCUUUCCUUUUCUCGGGCAAUGGUGGGGGCGUGCUACAAGGGACUACUUGUGAGGCCAUUUUGUGCACACUCGUCGCUGCUAGGGAUCAAAUGUUGCGCCGCAUUGGGAGUCAGAAUAUGGGAAAGUUGGUGGUCUAUGGAUCUGACCAAACGCAUUGUUCACUUCAAAAGGCGGCACGGAUAGCCGGAAUCAACCCAAGUAAUUUCAGAGCCAUCAAAACCACCAAGAGCACGACAUUUUCGUUGUCCCCGGACUCCCUACGAUCAGCCAUUUGCAAAGAUAUUGAUGCAGGCCUAAUCCCUUUAUUCUUGUGUGCCACUGUGGGGACAACUUCGACAACUGCAAUUGAUCCACUAAGGUCGUUAUGCGAUGUUGCCAAAGAUUAUGGCUUGUGGGUCCAUGUCGACGCUGCUUAUGCUGGAAGCGUCUGCAUUUGUCCUGAGUUCCGGCAUGUCAUUGAUGGUGUUGAGGGUGCAAACUCUUUUAGCCUCAAUGCACAUAAAUGGUUCCUAACCACUUUAGAUUGCUGCUGCCUUUGGGUCAAGGACCCGAGCGCCUUGGUAAAAUCACUCUCAACAAAUCCUGAGUACUUGAGGAAUAAGGCAACCGAUUCAAGGCAAGUGGUGGACUACAAAGACUGGCAGCUUACCCUAAGCCGAAGAUUCCGAUCUUUGAAAUUAUGGUUCGUGCUUCGAAGCUAUGGCGUGGCUAAGCUUAGGGACUUUCUGAGAAGUCAUGUUAACAUGGCCAAGCUUUUUGAAGGGUUUGUCACAUCCGACAAGAGGUUUGAAAUUGUUGUCCCUAGAAGCUUUGCUGUGGUUUGCUUUAGGGUUUUGUCCCCAAGAAUGGAUAACGGCGUAGCAUACGCAAAACGUACUACAAAUGGUCAUACAAAUGGGCACUUAAACGGUCAUACAAACGGGCACUCAAACGGGCACUUAAACGGUCAUACAAAUGGGCACCUAAACGGUCAUACAAAUGGAAAGGGUGAUGAUCAUGAUCAUGAUGAUCAUAACUACAUGAAAGAAGAAAGUACAAAUGAGCUCAACCGGAAGUUAUUGGAGUCCAUUAACAAGGCAGGCCGUGUUUUUAUGACUCAUUCCAUGGUUGGCGGUGUGUUCGUGAUAAGGUUUGCAGUUGGAGCAACUCUAGUGGAAGAAAAGCACGUUAUCACGGCUUGGAAAGUGGUGCAGGAGCACGCAAAUGCCAUACUUAGCGAAAACUACUAAAAAGUAUGUUUUUGUCGCAUGCAUGGAUUAAUUUGGGAGAUCAGCCGCGUGAUAUUGUUUGAAGCAAGAGAUUUAAGCAAAUCUAUGUAUGGAGUUAAAAAUAAAUCAGCUAGAGUUUGCAGCUGCCGGUUAUAUAUCUAUAUAUAUAUAUAUAUAUAU